AUGCUUCAGUCGGUUAAGAAGACGUUUGCAGGGGGUCGGAAAAAGCAGGGUAAGUCAGAGGCAGCGUCGCACGAUGCAGGCAAUGCAGCAGCGGCGCCAGCAGCGGGGGGUGGCAUUGCUCGGUCGGGCUCGGGGAAGCUUGCAUCAGGGGGAGGGAACGCCGGAAAGGCGGGAGGCCCGCAUCCGCCUCCUGGCGUCGCGAAUCCAACGGCUCCCGUUCGUCGCGACCCCAACGAAGUGAUCGCGCAGGCGAACGCGUCGCCUUUCGCGGAGCCGCUGCCGCUGUUUAGAGACGUGGGUCCGCAGGAAAAGCAGGCUUUAUUCAUUCGGAAGCUGCAUCUCUGCACUUACCUCUUCGAUUUCAACGACCCCAUGAAAAACGUGAAGGAGAAGGAGAUUAAGCGGCAAACGCUCCUGGAACUAGUCGACUACGUUAAUUCCGGAACCGGGAAAUUCAACGAAGCGGUAUUCGAAGACAUCACGCGCAUGCUGGAGAUUAAUCUCUUCCGGCCGUUACCGCCGUCCGCGCACGAGAUGUCCGGGUCGGAAUCGUUCGACCCGGAGGAGGAGGAGCCGACUAUGGAAGCCGCGUGGCCGCACCUGCAAAUAGUCUACGAGUUCCUGCUUAGGUAUGUUGUCUCUAACGAGACCGACGCGAAGGUCGCGAAGCGCUACGUGGACCAGAAGUUCAUCUUAAAGCUGCUGAACCUGUUCGACUCGGAGGACCCUCGCGAGCGGGACUAUUUGAAGACUAUUCUGCACCGGAUUUACGGGAAAUUUAUGGUGCACCGGCCGUUCAUCCGCAAGGCGAUUAACAACAUAUUCUACCGGUUUAUCUACGAGUCGGAGCGGCAUAACGGCAUCGCUGAGCUGCUGGAAAUCCUAGGGAGUAUUAUCAACGGGUUCGCGCUGCCGCUUAAGGAGGAGCAUAAGUUGUUCCUGGUCCGCGCGCUGGUUCCGCUGCACAAGCCUAAGUGCGUGUCGAUGUACCACCAGCAGCUGUCGUACUGCAUCACUCAGUUUGUGGAAAAAGACCCGAAGCUCGCGGAUUUGGUGCUGCGCGGGUUGCUUAAGUUCUGGCCCUUAACUAACAGCCAGAAGGAGGUGCUGUUCCUUGGGGAGUUGGAGGAGAUUCUGGAGCUUACGCAGGCGCCGGAGUUUCAGAUGGUCAUGACUCCGCUGUUCCAGCAGAUCGCACGCUGCCUCAGCUCCUCUCACUUCCAGGUGGCCGAGAGGACGCUGUUCCUGUGGAACAACGACUACAUCGUGACGCUCGUGGCUCAGAACCGCACCACCAUCCUGCCCCUCAUCUUUGCUGCUCUCGAGCGCAACGCCAGAAGCCACUGGAACCAGGCGGUGAACGGGCUGACCAUCAACGUGCGCAAGAUGUUUCUGGAGAUGGACCAGCCGCUCUAUGACGAGUGCCAGCGCCAGUUCCUGGAGGAAGAGGGCCGCGCUGCUGACGUGGAGGAGCUACGCGCCGCCACGUGGCAGCGCCUGGAAGAAGCAGCGGUGACGGGCGGGGUAGGGGGAGGCGGGUUCGGUGGAGGGUUGCAAGGGGGUAUGGAUGUGGAUAGCAGAGAAGGCCGGCCGCAAGAUUAUGAAAACAAUUUAGGAUGA